GAGACGGGGUGCAAGUCUCUCGGACAAGCAACACUACGCGAACACAUGUUCAUGUUUUGACCAAAAAAAUAAAAAAGAACACAUGUUCAUGUGCUUCUUCUUCUUCUUCUUCUUCUUGUCCUCACUGUUCUCGAUGAUCUCUCCUUCUUCUGACUCAUGGGAAAAAAAAAAAAAUGGCCCAUGAUUCAUCAUCGUGUCACCGUGCGUUUAGCUGAAUAAAGUUUGUCCCUUGUCUAGUUAACCCCCCUGGCAGUGCAAAUCUUGAUCAAGAUGGGUGAGAGUGUAGCUUCAAAUGCUGCUCUUGAGGUGUCGGUUUCGUUCGGUAGGUUCGAGAAUGAUUCGCUCUCCUGGGAAAAAUGGUCGUCUUUUUCGCCGAAUAAGUACUUGGAAGAGGUCGAGAAGUGUGCAACUCCCGGAUCAGUUGCCCAGAAGAAGGCCUACUUUGAAGCCCAUUACAAGAAGAUUGCUGCUCGAAAAGCAGAGCUGCUGAAUCAGGAGAAGCAGAUGGAGGAUGGCUCUUCCGGAUCAGAUGACGGAAGAUGCGAAGAUCCGGGGAGUGAAAUUAACGAGGGCGUUUUUGAGAUUGAUGGGUCGAAGGAUGAGAAUUUGGGUGCGGUGAUCGAGCAAGUCGAGGACUCGGUUGAUGAAGUGGGUCAAAGUUCUCUUGAAAAGCAGAUUCAUGAUGUUGUCGUCGCAGUAGAAGACCAAAUGGUACCGGUCGAGGGAGUCAAAGAAGAACCAGAUUCGAGCCGGAGCGCACACGGCCUAAACUUGGAAAAGCUAGAAGACGAUGAAUUUGUGAAGGAGGUAGUACAAGAAGUUCAAAUUGGAUCUUCAGAAGUGAAGGAACUUCAUCAUAAUGUUAAGAAUGACAUGGUCAAGACUGAAAAGGUUCAACAGGAAAAUGUGAAAUUGAAUCUGAUCAGAAAACCUCAAAAGCUUAAUCCAACAAAUAAGGAGAGAAACAUGACGAAAACAAAGAAAACGCCGGAUUCGCUGGUUGUCAAGUCAUCGUUACGAGCAUCUGCCCUGAGGUUAUCUAAGCCAACUUCCGCUUCCACUGCAAGAUCUACAGCAAAGCCUUCGGCAAAGAAGGAAACAGUCCCGACGUUACCCCGGAAGAAGAACACUCUCAAUGUAGAGAUCAAGAAAGUUCCUUCUAAAUCACUGAACAUGUCCGUUAGUUCGGAUUUUACAAAUUUCAGUCGAUCCGAUAUCUCCAUGUCGAGGAAAUCUCUAAUUAUGGAGACAAUGGGCGAUAAAGACAUUGUUAAACGGGCAUUCAAGACUUUUCAGGGCAGUCCGGCGCUGUCGAAAUCGUUCUGUGGAGAGAGAUCUUCCGUGCCAAAGCCAGCCCCUUCACUGGUGACUGAAGCGAGGAAUUCUAAUUCUGCGACCGAACGGAAAUGCAAAGAAGGGCAAACCAAAGCUGGAAGUGUGGGUAAAAAGGUUCCUAAGAUUCUCCCGUCUUCUUUUGGGUCAAGAAGUGAUGAACGGGCAGAGAAGAGGAAAGAGUUUAGGAAGAACCUGGAGGAGAAAUCUACUAUCAAGGAAGUAGAGAAGAUACGCCUUCAUUCAAAACCAAAGGAAAAAAAGGAGGAGGAGAUGAAAAAAUUAAGGCAAAGUCUCAAUUUCAAGGCUACGCCCUUGCCGGCUUUUUACCACGGGCAAACUAAAUCAAAGAACUAUCUUGCUAAGGAAGGUUACAAGAGUGAAACCCGUGGUUGACGAAAGUUGAUUUGGGGAGAAGGACAAGCUCUCCAUGAACAGAUGGUUGUUAAGAGAGACCGAAAGGUGUGUUACUGAUACGAAGCACGGACUGGUCAAGCAGACAGGAAAUAUAUCUGAACAAGUUGGACCGAUGCCCUGACUCUGUUAUCCGACGUUGAGUCGAGGGUGAGUGGCGGAUUGUACAUAGGAAUACCUAGAACAGACAAUAAUAUAAGUCAAAGUCGAUAAGUCAGUGUCUAUCUUAAUAAUUUAAUGAAGUUAAGGUUUAGCUCUCUUUCUAGUGUCAUUAGUGACAUUACAUGUCUGUAGUUAAUCAUGAAAUCAUAUGCACUGAGCAAGUGAACUUUGAUGUCUAUAUGAUAUCAAUUAUGAAAGAUUUCUUCUCA